AUGGCGGGCCGGGCCGGGAGGCGGCUGCUGUGCGGCGGCGGCUCCUUCCGUCUCAGCUCCGGCCUGGCGGGGCGGAGCCGCCGCCGCUGCUGCCGCUGCUGUUGCUGCUGCUGCCGCUGCACGGGCCGCAGCGUCACCGCGCCCGCCUCCUCGGCCGCUUCGGGCCGGCCGGGAGGGAGCGGGGAACGGAGGGAGGGGCCGGGACUCCUCAGCACCGCCCGGGCCCGGGGCUCGGGCUGCUCCCCGGGCCCCUCGGGCGCUGGCGCCCCUGAACCCCGCUGUCCCCGCGGCCUGGGCCCCUCCGGGAGGCUCCCGUCCUCCCAGACACGCGGUGGCUGCGCCUGCACCCCCAGACGCAGGCAGCGCUGCACCCCAGAGACGCCUCGUCGCGAGCAACCGAGGCCUGGCUUCUGUUGCUCUCAGGAAGAGGAUGGUCUCAUCAGCUCAGCUCCCAGCAAGGCUGGUCCAGCUCUGCAGCAAGGCAACAAUGAUUUGAUGAAUGCAGCUGGGAGGAAACAAAGAGAAAAACGAAGUGUUGGGAGCUCUGGCUGUGAGCAGGAGGCUCUGAGCACCAAACCACACGUACAUGCACACACACACGAGCACACGACGUGUGUGUGCACGUGCACUCCCAUUUCCCUUCAGCCUCCCUGGAGCCUCCACCAUCCCUCCCCAUCAGCCAGGGCCCUCAGCUUGCUUUGUGUCACUCUGCCACAUGCCCCUCAGCCCUGUCCCUCUCCACGCUGGCUGCAGCCACAACGCCUGCCUGUUGGGCCCUUGGCGGCGCUUGGCUCCCAGGAAGACGUAUUCACACACGAUGGCAGCUCGGGAGAGAAGUUGAAAAGGAAUCAAAGCCAUCUCUGUUGAAAUAAACAUCUGCUCUGCGUUCAGUAUUGUGGCAACAGGGCUCACAAAAUGCUCAGGCAGCCCUCCAAGGGCUCCUGGCACAUCACAGCUCUCAGUACCUGCUGAAAAUAGGCUGGCGGAGCGGUCACUGCGCGGUGGGGAGCACAGAUGGGGAUGCUCAGAGAAUAAAACUUUGGUCAAAGCUGGAAAUAACUUCCUAGUUCCCUGGGAGG